UCUAUAAUGAAUCAACCUAUAGCCGGGGCAGUGCUGACUCCCCUCCUGUUAGACUGUUUUGAGGUAACAUCAUUUAUUCUUACUUUUCUUCUAAUAUUUGUAUAUCUGUGCACUUGUAAUGCUACAGUGACACGGUAAUUUCCUUUGGGAUCAAUAAAGUAUUAUCUCCAUCUACUGUAAUUUAAUUUUUAUUAUGUAUUGCAAAGUACUGCUGACACAUAACAAAAUUCAUGACAUAGCGAGUGAUGUUAAACCUGAUUCUGAAAAUAGCACAUAAAAAUUACAUCCCAAAAUGUUUGACAGUAGCAAUAUCAACGAUAUUUGCCAAUGAACUGCAAAGAGGUAGGAAUCUUAAAGGAGAUAAACAGGGAAGAGAGGCUUUCGAGAGGAAUUCUGUAGCUGAUUCUUGGAUGUUGGUUGUCAAUGGUGAAAGUGGAGGAGAUUUGGGACCUUAAAGGAUUUGAGGACGAGAGAUUUGUGGGGGAAGAUUGUGCAAGCCUUCAAUGAGUUGAGUGACAUGUAGCAGCUGUUGAAGACAACUUGAUAAAACAUCUGUAGAAACAUGCUAAACGAUAAACAUUAAAGAUGUCAAACUUUAUUAUGACAUCAUAAAUGACCUGGGAUGUCACUGCCCACUGUUUGUGACAUGCAGAGAUGAGCCUUUUUCAAGUUUUUGAGCUUGAUCUUGUGGACCUGAGCUCUUUGCUCUCUCCUUUGUUGGUUACCACACAGCAGCUACCAUUCAGACCAAUCUCUAAGUGACAAAUUCAGCCUAACAGCCUGUAGAGAGCCUUUGUUCGUGCCCCUAACUCCCAAAUCACAGAAUGCUGGGCUGGGAGGAGUAUGUGAGGAGUUUACUUGCAGAUGGGUUGUGCCAAGAUGCGGCCGUAUUGGCAUGUUCAUGUCCCAGGCUGCUGGCUGCCAAGGAGGAUGGGCUGUUUAAGCAGAUGAGCUUGAAGGAAAUCAAAGCCAUCACCGGCAAUGAGCGGAAGACCUUCCUAACCAAGGGACUCACUGUUGGCGGCAAGAGGUGCUUUGUCAUCCGUGAUAACUUCCAACUGGACGGGGAUCACACCAUGGACAUCAGGAUGAAGAGAUGGGACGGUAACAAUCCUUGCUAUAGCAUAGCCAUUGCCAGGUCAAAGAAAAUCUUCAUCAUGAUUAUGGGAAAGAGGGGUGUCCAUGGAGGAAUACUGAAUAAAAAGGCAUUUCAGAUGGCUAACUACAUUAGAAAGUCCGGCUGUUAGAAGAAGAAAAAGCAUUCCAUUUACUGGAGUUACGUCUAGAAAAUUCCAAGGAUACAGAUGAUUUUUAUCUCCAGAGCUUUUGAAGUCUUCUCACAAACAACUCCAAACUGCUAAUUGUGCGUCCAGCCCUCUGUGCUGCCUAUCUUUGUAGGGGCUCAUGUGCCUGACAUUAAGUAGAUUUUAAAAUAUACUUCUGUUAACAAUCUGCAUGUUCUGCCCUUAAAUUGCAGAAGAGUUUACAAUAUUGAAUAGAACAGAAGCAUUAACCAUGCUUCUCCAAUAAAGUUCAAAAUAUUAGAUGCUUUGCUGUGUGUGAUUCUCUUCAGAAGAUAAGGAUUGAAACAGCUGAUACGAGGGGUGGCUGGAGGAAUGUUCAGGGAGGAUGUCAAAGGUAAGUUGUUUUUUUUUUAAACACAGAGUGUGUUGGGCAUGUGGAACACCCUGCCAGAUGUGGUGGUAGAGGUAAGGACAUUUAAGAGACUGAGUUAGGCACAUGGAUGAUAGAAAAAUGGAGAUGUGUAAGUGGGAAGACUUAGAUUGAUCAUAGAUGAGGUUAAAAGGUUGACAUAACAUCAUGCACUAUACUAUAGUGUAAAAUGUUCCUUACAGACACUGGCAGAUUGAACCUGGGGUGCUGGCGCCAUAAAAGCAUUACGCUAAUCACUCCCAUUCCUUCCUUCGGAAGGUGUUGCCUGGCCUGCUGAGUACUUCUAGCUUUUUGAGAUUGUUUCAGAUUUUGAUUGUUUGCAGCUCUACGGAGCUUACUCUGCAUUACAGACAGGUCGAUCCCUCAGAUAGAAACAUAGAAACAUAGAAAAUAGGUGCAGGAGUAGGCCAUUCGGCCCUUCGAGCCUGCACCGCCAUUUAUUAUGAUCAUGGCUGAUCA